GAUACCUAAAAUCACGCCCGAAACCACAAGGCAGCUGUACGGGCUUUUGGCGUGCCGAGAAACGUUUUCGCUUCUGGAUAAGGCACACGGUGAAAACGCAAUGGUUCUAUUGGUUCGUCAUCGUACUCGUAUUCCUGAACACUAUGUGUGUCGCUGUAGAGCACUAUGGUCAACCAAAAUUUUUAACGCAAUUUUUAUACUAUGCUGAAUUUUCGUUUUUGGGUCUAUUCAUGUCGGAGAUGUUUAUCAAAAUGUAUGCGCUCGGACCGCGCACUUACUUCGAAUCGUCGUUUAAUCGUUUCGAUUGUGUCGUCAUUAGUGGUUCGAUAUUCGAAGUUAUAUGGUCUGAGGUGAAGGGAGGCUCAUUCGGUCUAUCCGUAUUGAGAGCGCUACGUUUACUACGUAUCUUCAAAGUGACCAAAUAUUGGUCGUCACUGCGAAAUCUUGUGAUUUCGUUGUUGAACUCGAUGAGAUCCAUCAUUUCACUAUUGUUCCUGCUCUUCUUGUUCAUUCUAAUAUUUGCACUACUUGGCAUGCAAUUGUUUGGCGGGCAAUUUAGUUUUAAAAGCGGUACCCCCGAAACAAAUUUCAACACAUUCCCCAUAGCCUUACUUACAGUAUUUCAAAUUCUAACCGGUGAAGAUUGGAAUGAAGUCAUGUAUCAGGGUAUUAAAUCACAAGGUGGCGCUAAGAAAGGAAUGAUUUAUUCUGUGUAAGUUUUUAUACUACAGAAAACUACAUACAUACAUACAUAUGUACCUACUCGUACAUAUUCAGCUAUUGUAAUUGAUUUGUUUUUUUUUUUUGUUCUCAAACUUCAAACUUAACCCUAAACUGCUAGAUGGUUUAAAUAAAACUCAAA